AUGAGUUACGGCACCGAUAAUCACCGUUCGAGAGAUCAUUCGCAAAGGAAGGAUCGCUCCCGUUCCCGGAGUCCUUCGGCUCGUGAGGAAAAAAUCAACAAAAAGUUUGUCCUCAAGCAUGCAAUAUCGCCAGAAGAAACGAAUUUAAUCAAUUUUUCCUUUUUGGACCACAAAACCGAUCUAAAUCGAGUGUUACGAGGCUACUGUUUGCGAGAUCAACUCGUGGAGAAUGUAAACGAUUUCUGGCUGUUCGUUAAUAAAUACGAAUCGUUAUUGAAGCGCACCGGUCAGCCCAUUCUUCCGGUGCCAUCGAAUGAAGGCAAACGUGAACAAAACAGUUUUAGCGGAACGAUUCCUUCGGAGUACAACAAAGUGUUUGGGUGCAGCAUAUCAUUGCGAUUGCCAUUGGAGGAAAUGUUGGGCCGCAUGAGGGGUAGUGGUACCAGUGUACUGACACGUACACAACUUCUUCAGCUGCUGCAAAUCGUAACGCAUUACUUGGAUUUUCGGCAGCGAGAAAAAUUCAACAAAUUACGCAAAUUGCGCCAAGCACAAGCGAACCUACCGGUGGCAAAACAUCGCGAAGAAAUUGUCGAAGCGGUUCGUAAUGAGCGUGUUGUCGUUCUAGCUGGCGAUACGGGAUGCGGAAAAUCCACCCAAGUACCGCAGUACCUGUAUAGGGCCGGCUAUGAGCGGAUUGCGUGUACACAACCACGUCGUAUCGCUUGUAUUUCGCUAUCAAAACGUGUCGCCCACGAGCUGUUGGCCGAAUACCGAACUGAGGUCGGCUACCAGAUCAGGUUCGAGCGCAGUAAAAAUACAAACACAAGGAUACUCUUCAUCACCGAAGGGCUAUUACUAAGGCAGCUGGCUAGCGAGGACUGUCUCGAGCAGUACUCGGUCAUCAUCCUGGACGAAGUGCACGAGCGGCAUCUGCACGGAGACUUUCUGCUCGGGAUUGCCAAGUGUCUUAUACGAGCCCGUCCCAAUCUGAAGCUCGUACUCAUGUCGGCAACGAUCAACAUAAAGCUGUUUGCAGAUUACUUUUCCGAAGAAGAAGCUCGCAUUAUCGAGGUGCCCGGUCGACUGUUUCCGAUUAAGUUGCACUAUAUGCCCCAACUCCAGGACGUUCCAAUGGCGGCUGCUAGUGGAUCGGGUGCAAGUAAGCGCACCCGGAGCGACCGGCUCAGUCCAGAACCGUAUAUACAGAUACUUCAACUAAUAGACCAAAAGUACCCACCGACGGAGAAAGGCGACGUUUUGAUCUUUCUUAGUGGUCUCAACGAAAUUACGGCUAUCGUCGAUGCCGCGCGAGAGUACAACGAGAAAAACAAGAACUGGAUCAUCCUGCCGCUUCAUAGUACACUGUCGAUCGCCGAGCAGGAUAAGGUGUUCGACUAUGCACCGGACGGUAUGCGGAAGUGCAUCGUGUCGACAAACAUAGCCGAGACGUCGGUUACAAUCGAUGGCAUCCGAUUCGUGGUGGACAGCGGAAAGGUGAAGGAAAUGAGCUACGACCCCACCACGAAAAUGCAACGGCUGAAAGAGUUCUGGAUAUCGAAGGCAUCCGCCGAGCAGCGGAAAGGACGUGCCGGUAGAACGGGACCAGGCAUCUGCUAUCGGCUGUACGCUGAAAAACAAUUCUACGACUUUGAUGCUUACAGUACGGCUGAGAUACUGAAGGUGCCGUUGGAAUCGCUGCUCUUACAAAUGAUAUCGAUGGGAUUACCGAAUGCACGAUUGUUUCCCUUCGUUGAACCGCCGCCGAUGGAUAACAUUGAAAAUGCGAUCGUCAGUCUGAAAGAAAGCGAGGCUUUAACCGAGGACGAGAAGCUGACUUCGCUUGGUAAGGCGCUGGCAAAGAUACCGGUCGACAUCAGCAUCGGCAAGAUGUUGCUGAUGGGUUGCGUGUUCCAGCAACUUCAACCGGUGUUAACAUUGGCCGCCGCCUUGAGCGUACAAUCUCCGUUUACCAAUCGAGCAUACAGAGAUCCUGAAUGUGAGAGAGCACGAAAAUCGCUCGAAUCUGAUCAUGGCGAUCCGAUCACAUUGCUAAACGCUUAUAAGGAAUGGCUUGAGAUUAAGCAGCAUCGAUCCGAUUACGGACGGAAAGACGAUCGACAUGGCGAGAACUCGAAGAUUUGGUGCCGUCGCCGAGGAUUGGAAGAACAACGGUUCUACGAGAUUACAAAGCUACGCAAUCAGUUCCAAGAUCUUUUACAGGACUGUGGCUUGAUGGAAACGCAAAACACUGAGCAUUUGUCCAGUGCGGAGCGUGCUAUUCGCAACGGAGAACUGCGGCAGUUGAAGGAAUUGCGGAAAGCUCAUCGCAUGGAGGCGCCCCGUAAGCGAAAGCUCCUCAAAUCCGACCCGUGGGGGCUGGCUGGUGAUGGCGAGGACAUGGAUGACGAUAAGGUAGACAUACGAGAUGUAGAGUUUCGGUUAAGCCACGACUCAUCUAAGCUGCAAAAUCUCGUCUCCGGAGCCACUGCCUGUAGCUAUCGGGAUUUGAUGACACUUAAGCUGAUUCUGGUCAGUGGGCUUUACCCCCAGGUGGCUAUUGCGGACGAGUUUAACUAUUGCAAGAAUCUUUCCGAACAAUUUUUUCACACUCGCUCGAAACCGUACGUUUCAUUGCAUCCUUUGAGUUUCUUUGGGAACAACGCCCAGCUGUUGCAGCUAACGGAUGGUGAAAUCGAAGACAAGCCGAUCGGAUUCAAAUCACGGCAACCGCUUAGCUCCCGACACCAGAUCGUGUGUUAUCUGACGCUUCUAGAGACAAAUAAAUCCUACUUAACCAACACCCUUCGCAUGCCAGCCGCCCAAACGCUGCUACUCUUUGCGCAUACUAUCGAAACAAAUGAAACCUUCUCUCGGAUCGUAUGCGAUUCGUGGUUGUGCUUGGACUUUCCAGCACCAGAAAGUGGUCAGGCAUUAUUGCUUAAGGCAACCAAACUGAGGCGAUUGUGGAAUCGAUUGUUAACAGAAAAACUGAAAUCCUUAACUGUGACGGUGGAUGGCGAAUUGACAAAGCCAGAGCGAAACGUGUCAAUUGAGCAGAUGAACCAGGAGCUGUGGUCAAGUUUGGCCCAGUUUAUGAACACAGAGCUAUGCUACACCAUAAAAAAAUUACUUCCAGCUGAUCUAAAAUCCCUAUACAAAGGACCUCAGCUGGAAGUGGAAGGUGAUGAGCAGUGUAUGGAGCUUCCUAUCCCUAAUCCAUUCGCGGAGGACUUUCAACCGUUGUACAACGAAACGAAGGGCGGAGUUCACUUGACAGAAAACCUCACAUAUGGAUGCAUUGUUGAAACCGAUUGGAGUCUCCAAAUGUACAAUGACAUACUUGAAGAAGACUGGGUGUGCUCCAAUUGUGAGGCAUCGUACCGUUUGACUGGGUUGCAGAAACUACAGCAUGCGGUUAAUUGUAAACCUGUAAUUCCUGAGGAAACAAGCACCAUAGAACAACCAACAGGUGAAGACAGUACGUCGAGGAAACUCAACGUGACACACUACGAUUGUUCGAUCUGUCGUAAAAAACUGAUGUUGAGCGCUAUUGAUGUGCUGAAACACAAGAAAAACUGUAACAAACAAGUGAAACAGGAACCAGAAGAGAAGUUUUAG